CUCCAUCAUCUUUAUCCUAUUCUCAUCACAGAACAAAACACAUCUAUUGCCAUCUGCGACAUAACCAGCUAGCCAUGUCGAUCAUUCCAAGCUUUUUUACCGGCAGGAAGAGCAACGUAUUCGACCCAUUCUCCCUCGACAUCUGGGAUCCAUUUCAGGGGAUCUCUACUGCCCUUGGCAACCUCCCUGAAUCUUCACGGGAAACAACAGCCAUCGCCAACGCCCGAAUCGACUGGAAGGAGACGCCGGAAGCUCAUGUGUUCAAGGCGGACUUGCCAGGGCUGAAGAAGGAAGAAGUGAAGGUGGAGGUUGAGGAAGGAGGGGUGUUGCAGAUAAGCGGAGAGAGGAGCAGUGAACAGGAGGAGAAGAAUGAUAAGUGGCACAGGGUCGAGAGGAGCUCCGGGAAGUUUUUGAGAAGGUUCAGGUUGCCGGAGAACGCGAUAAUGGAUCAAGUAACAGCCACCAUGGAAAACGGCGUGCUGACGGUAUGCGUGCCCAAGGAGGAGGAGAAGAAGCCGGUGGUGAAGGCCAUUGAUAUCUCCGGCUAGGUUUCUGGCACUUGUAAUGUAAUAUAUAUAUAUAAAUCCAGGAUGAUGAUGAUAUAUAUGUAUCUUUGAUGUGGGUGUUGUAAGGUUAUUUGUAUGUUUUGUGUUUUGGUUGAAUAAAAUGGAAGCUUGUAGUUCAUUA